ACACUGUAGAGAGUACGCAUUAGUCAAGGAGAGGCUCUGAACUUGAGUAAUUGUGGCUUCAUUCAGUGAAUACAUGUUCAAAGUUAUUAUUAUUAUAAGUAUCGGAUUUUGGAAGUGAAGGCUAUGUAUGCCGAGCCUCCAAAACUGGCUGGGCUUAGUCGGACGGUUUACCGAGGGCUGCACAAAAUGCCAUUGGCAAGCCGUGCUCGUGUAUAUGCUGAUGUUAAUUCCCACAGACCACAUGAGUAUUGGGAUUAUGAAUCUCAUGUCAUAGAAUGGGGACACCAAGACGAUUAUCAGCUUGUUAGGAAAUUAGGCCGUGGUAAAUAUUCAGAAGUGUUUGAGGCUGUAAACAUUAACAACAAUGAAAAAUGUGUUGUCAAGAUCCUCAAGCCAGUCAAGAAAAAGAAGAUCAAACGUGAGAUUAAGAUCUUGGAAAAUCUUCGAGGAGGGACCAACAUUAUCACACUCCAGGCUGUCGUAAAGGAUCCUGUCUCGCGUACUCCUGCUUUAGUGUUUGAACACGUUAACAACACAGACUUCAAGCAACUUUAUCAGACGCUCAAUGAUUAUGAUAUUAGAUAUUACCUGUAUGAGCUCCUUAAGGCAUUAGAUUACUGUCACAGUAUGGGAAUUAUGCAUCGAGAUGUCAAACCUCAUAAUGUCAUGAUAGACCAUGAGAACAGGAAAUUACGCCUCAUUGAUUGGGGCUUGGCAGAAUUCUAUCACCCAGGCCAGGAAUACAAUGUCCGGGUGGCAUCCAGAUACUUCAAGGGCCCUGAACUUCUUGUAGAUUAUCAGAUGUAUGAUUACUCAUUGGACAUGUGGUCACUGGGCUGCAUGCUAGCGAGCAUGAUCUUCCGCAAGGAACCAUUUUUCCAUGGGCAUGACAAUUAUGACCAAUUGGUGCGCAUUGCAAAGGUCUUGGGGACUGAAGAACUUUAUGAAUAUGUUGAGAAAUAUCAAAUUGAGCUAGAUCCUAGGUUCAAUGAUAUUCUGGGAAGGCAUUCCCGGAAGCGGUGGGAAAGGUUUGUCCAUAGUGAAAAUCAGCAUCUAGUUUCUCCUGAAGCACUAGACUUUUUGGACAAAUUACUGCGUUAUGAUCACCAAGAGCGCCUGACAGCCCACGAAGCCAUGGAACACCCAUACUUCUACCCUAUUGUUAAGGAACAGGGCCGACAAAUGAACUCGCCCACGCCUGCCCCACCCGGUGCCCCUCUAGCUGGAGUUCCUGAAUAGAUGUGAUAAAGAGGUAAAGUAUCUACCAACCCAGUGGAGCAAACAUUACCCCAGCCUUAUGUGGAAGUGACUUGGUUGCUGGGCCCUUGCAGCUGAUGCACUAAGUUGAUUACAUUGAUCACAGAAGGACAUGUACCCACUGAUAAAUUGAGAAGGGAAGACCAAUUUAGCCCCCUGAAGAUUUUAAGAAAAUUAAGUGUGUGGAGCAGUGCAGAAAUGCUCCAAGGUAACCCAAUAACUCAAUUAUUUUGAUAGGUAUUGCUUAAGUUGUAGGAGGUGGAAGAUUAUAUGCAAUUUAUCAAAAGUCAUUGUGUCAGUACUAAGCACUGAACAGGGAUUUGCAGGAACUGUGAUUCAAGAUCAUGUUUUAAGUUAAAAAGGAAAAUUAGGAAUCACAUGCUCAGUUCACAGCUGUAAGCUGUCAUUUGAUUUUCACAUUUUUUAUUCCAUAAAGCUCACUUUUUAUUUUUAUGGACUGAUUUUUUUUUUUUUUUCUUUUUUUUUUUUUUUGCUAUGUAGCAUUUGAAUAAUAAGAUGCUGUAACCCUUCAAGCACAGACUCAACCCGGGACUUGCUUAUUUGGAUGUUAACUGACUUGAGUUUGGAUACGUGUAGCAAAUUGGAGUAAAAUUUACCAUCCUUCACUGGUGCAGUUACUCUACAACUCUACCAUGCAAAUGAGAUAGGACAUCAUUAAAUGAAUAUCAUGCUUGUAAAUAACUCAUCUUUCAUUUGGUCUAACCUAAGGAUGUUACUAAAUUUUUGUUGCAGUUUCUGGAGUAAUAGUUGUUUUAAGUAUUGACAAAUUAUGAGUAAAAGUUGUCAGGCCAAUUCCUCUAUAGACAGUUGUUCUGUGUGUGACUGAACAAUAUUCAUUGUAAAUGCUAUUAAGGAAAUCCCUCUUUCUUAUGGUUAUUAAAAUGUUGUAAGUAAUAUUGAUUUUCCUUUCCUUUAAUUUUGAAGACAUAUUUUAUAAAGGUGAGAAGAGGCAUGGAUCUUGUAUUAUAGCUCACUGAUUACACCUUUGUUCAUUUUCCCUUCAUUUCUUGCAUUCACUGUAUUACGAUCAAUUUGUGUAAUGUCUCGGUUCAUUGUUAAGCAUGGAAGGAAGGAAAGCAGGUGGUCAUUCUGCAAGAGAAAUGCAUCAUUAGCGGUAUAUCUUCUUACGAGUUGUUUUAAGAGGAAAGACAAAGUUUCCGAUGUGUGUUGAGGAUACAGGUUAUGAAUUCCACAAAGAUUGUCAUUUACAGAGAUGUUACCUUUGAAUAUUGAAAAAUAAAUGAAUAAAAACAAACCAAUA